AUGAUUUCUAGCCAAAUAUUCACCUGGAUAGUUUUCUUUUUUGUCCUUUCAUCUGCUGCAGAAGCAAAUAAGUGUAAUCGAUCUUGUGGAAAAGUGAAAAACAGAGUGCCAUACCCAUUUGGAUUUUCUGACGGUUGCGACAUCAAGUUAAAUUGUAGUGAGAACAAUGGAAAUAUCCAUAUAGGCGAUUUUCAGGUCAAGGAUUUAACGUCGGAUCGUAUUUUGGUUAGUCUUCCGGGGAAAUGCGACCGUUCGAUUGAUGCACUCCAUCCACUAUUUGGUACAAACUUUGCGGUUACUGGACGAAAUGGGCUUCUGCUACGGAACUGCAGCCCGCCGAUCAACGAUUUUACCAUUCCCGUUAACAUGCUUAAUUCCUUUUUCAAGUUUGAUAGUUGCGUUUUUGGGGAUAGAAACAGUAGUAAUCACAAUAUUAGUUAUUAUGCAGAGGCAAAUGAUAGUUAUGUGUCGUUCUUGAACUAUGAAAAUAUUAGAAGCAGGGGUCAUUGCAGGGUUCUUUUUUCGUCGAUCAUGGUGGAUUGGAAUCAGAAUGGCAAUAAUACUGGUAGUAAUGUAACUGAGAACCCCUUUACAUCGCUGGAGCUGCAGGCGCAGAAGGUGGAGCUCGAGUGGUGGCUGCUGGGCGGCUGCCAUUGUGAUCCAAAUGCUGACUGUAAAACUGUUAAUGGGACCGGGUUUCGUUGCAAGUGUCGAAAAGGAUAUGCUGGAGACGGUUUUUUCAGAGGUGAAGGUUGCAAGAUAGUUUCUGAUUCAAAUCAUUUGUCUGUACACGGUGGAACCAGAGUAGGCUUUCUCAUUGGAGGGAUUAUAGCUGGAGCUUCUUUGGUGGCUGCUGCAGGUUUCGUAUGCCACUGCAUACAGAAACGUUCUGUGUCUCUGAAGAGCCGUUUGAGUGCAAGGCAACUGCUCAGUGAGGCAGCAGGGAACUCCAGUGUACCCCUCUAUAAUUAUAAAGAAAUUGAGCGAGCUACAAACGUCUUUUCUGAAAAACAAAGGCUGGGAACGGAAAUCAUUACGGCAAUGAAAGCAGUCAACUUUUCUCGACCUCACAGCGAAAUUAACUUGGCUGCACUUGCAAUUGAUAGGAUAGGGAAAGGUCGUAUUGAUGAGAUAAUAGAUCCAUUCCUGGAGCCGAACAGAGACGCAUGGACACUUUCAUCCAUUCACAAAGUGGCAGAGCUGGCUUUUAGAUGUCUUGCAUUUCACCGUGACAUGAGACCCUCAAUGACGGAAGUAGCAGACGAGCUAGAACAGAUCAGGAUCAGCAGUUGGGCACCUCUUGAUGAGAGUGUACGUACGGGAUCAUCAGUAGCAUCCAUGUGCUCAUCACUGCACAAUGGAAGUGAGCUAAUAGUAAAUGCAACUGAUAAGAACGCAGGUGUAGGAAGUCAGAGAUUGGUUGUUCCGCAGAAGGCAGGCGUUGAUCUGGCUAUAACGGUGGAAAACGAAAGUUCUCCGGUUUCUGUUCAGGAUGCUUGGCUGAGUGAACAAAGUUCAUCACCAUCAACAAAUAGCUUAUUGGGUAAUGUAGUUCAAUGA